UCGAGUAUUCGAUUUUGACCACAUAAACAAAAAAGAAGGUAGAGUACGCAGAAAGUAGGAGGUGCAUAAUUUUCCAAAUAAAUCAAAACCGAAAACAAAGUAUCCUCCAAGAAACACAUGAAUGCUGAAUUUAUUAGGUAAAUUUUUUUCCUACGAGAAGUGGGGGUUGGGAGUCUGAAUAUGUUAGAGUGUUCUAUAAUCAUAUGUGAGAUUUUAUAUUCCCUUUAAUAAUUUUGGCCUUCGGGUCCAAGGCAAACAAAGAAAUUAACUAGGAAAGUCCUUUGGUCCAAAGCAAUAAUAAUAAUUACACAGAAAAUAAAUUCAAUUUCUUUUUCCUUGCUCACUCGGGAAUAAAGGGAAUAUGCCAAUUGCAAUAGGAAAACCCCAACGCAAAAGUCCCUACAAUAAGUUUGUAACACCCCUAUAUAUAUAUCUCAUCUUUCAACGCUUUAAGUCACAACUCACACGAGACGUCCUGCCCAAGAAACCUUCUGUUUCAAAACCCUACCCAAAACGCUUCAUACACCCUUUGCUUUCUGUGAAGUUUGGUUUGUGAUGGCAAUGGAGAAGGUGCUUGAAGUUGUGGGGGAUAGAAAGCCUAAGACUAAGAUCGUGUGCACGUUGGGGCCGUCUUCGCGGUCUGUUGAGAUGCUGGAGAAGCUUCUGAGGGCUGGGAUGAACGUUGCUCGCUUCAACUUCUCACAUGGUACUCAUGCUUACCAUCAAGAAACUCUGGAUAAUCUUAGGACCGCCAUGAACAACACCAGCAUCCUCUGCGCUGUCAUGUUGGACACUAAGGGUCCAGAAAUUCGAACGGGAUUUCUGAAAGACGGGAAGUCUAUAAAUCUUAAACAAGGUCAAGAGAUCACCAUCACCACUGACUAUAACAUUCUUGGUGAUGAGAGUAUGAUCUGUAUGAGCUACAAAAGGUUGGCUGAGGAUGUGAACCCACAAACCGAUAUCUUGUGUGCUGAUGGAAAAAUUACUCUGAGGGUUCUGGCUUGCGACGAGGAGCGUGGUUUGGUGCAUUGUCGCUGCGAAAACUCUGCAGAGUUGGGUGAGAAGAAGAAUGUCAAUCUCCCUGGAGUGGUUGUUGAUCUGCCAACACUAACAGAGAAGGACAAAAUUGAUAUCUUGGAGUGGGGGGUUCCCAAUAAGAUUGACAUGAUCGCACUCUCUUUCGUGCGCAAAGGUUCAGACCUUCUUGAGGUCAGAAAAUUGUUGGGGGAGCAUGCAAAGAAUAUAAUGCUCAUGUCCAAGGUUGAGAAUCAAGAAGGGGUUUCCAACUUUGAUGAAAUUCUUGCAAAUUCGGAUGCGUUUAUGGUGGCGAGGGGUGACCUCGGAAUGGAGAUUCCAAUCGAGAAGAUAUUCUUAGCUCAGAAAUUAAUGAUAGAGAAGGCCAACAGACUAGGCAAGCCGAUCGUGACUGCUACUCAGAUGUUAGAAUCCAUGGUCAAGUCUCCUCGUCCCACACGAGCUGAAGCCACCGAUGUUGCCAAUGCAGUUCUUGACGGAACUGACUGCGUGAUGCUCAGCGGUGAAACAGCAGCGGGAGCCUAUCCAGAAAUUGCAGUUCAAACCAUGGCCAAAAUUUGUGUUUCUGCUGAGGACUCUAUAAAUUAUGGGGAGCUUUUCAAAAGAAAGAUGGAAGUUGCAGCAAUGCCUAUGUCCCCACUAGAGAGCUUGGCCUCCUCAGCAGUUCAGACAGCGAAUUGCAUCAAGGCGGCACUGAUUUUAGUCCUGACCAAAGGAGGAAGCACGGCUAAGCUGGUGGCUAAGUACAGGCCAAGUAUGCCAAUUUUGUCUGUGGUGGUGCCUGAGAUAACAACAGACUCUUUCGAGUGGUCUUGCAGUGAUGCAGCUCCAGCGAGGCAUGGCCUUAUUUACAGGGGAGUUCUGCCUCUUCUCAGCUCAAGUCCCAUUAGGGCUUCUCAUGCUGAGUCCACCGAAGAGAGUAUACAUUUUGCCAUUCAACAUGCAAAAGCAAAGGGACUUUGCAAGACUGGAGACUCUGUUGUGGCGUUGCACCGCGUUAACACUGAUAUGAUCAAGAUCUUGACUGUGAAGUGAUGACAUUAACACCGAUAUGAUCAAGAUUUUGACUGUGAUUUGAGGAUUAUUCUUAAUUA